AUGAACGACAUCAAGCUGGCCCUGCUGGGAAGCCCGGGGGCUGGGAAAUCAGCUGUCCUUGUGCGGUUCCUGACCAGGCGCUUCAUCGGCGAAUACGCCUCGAACACCAAUUCCCUGUACCAUAAAAGGCUGUCCAUCGAUGGAAGGCAGCUGAACCUGGAAGUUUUUGACCCCUGCUCUCAGAGCUCGGAGGCCAGGUGUAUAUUGGAGGAGCCCGUGACCUGGGGAGAUGGCUUUGUGGUGGUGUACAACAUCAGUGACCGCACUUCCUUCAUCAACGCCAAGAACAUUCUGCGGCAGAUUCGGGAGGCGCGCGCGGACAACUGCAAAGGGGAGAUGGAGGUUCCCGUGUGUCUGGUGGGCAACAAGCAGGACCUGUGCCACGCCCGGCAGGUACGCGAGGACGAGGGCCGCUGCCUGGCGCAGGAGAACCGCUGUCACUUCCAGGAGGUCUCGGCGGCCGAGAGCUACCAGGACAUCGCCAACCUCUUCACGCAACUCAUCCGGCAGGUGAUGGAGCACCUGAAGUACCGAGCCGACCGGCGACGCUACAGCGGCUCCAAGUCUAUGGCCAAACUCAUCAACAAUGUGUUCGGCAAGAGGAGGAAAUCGGUGUGAAGGUUCCGGUGGGGUCAGCGG